CUCAGGAGCAGCCUUUGCCCUGCUGCACGAACAGCAGCUUCAGAAUAGUAGCAGGACAGAAAGUCCACAGGCAGCCAUUCAAAGACAAGCCAUGGGAGCGUUUGGAGUCUUCCUGCUCACCCUCCUUUUUCUUGGAUCAGCAGCAAAACCUGACACAGACUUUUUUGAUCUCACGGAUGCCUUGGGUGCCACAGAAACUCCCCAGAACACGUGUCCAAAUGAAGCCCGAGACAUCGUCUUCCUCAUCCAUGGUUCCAGCAGCGUUAUGGCCUCGGAAUUCACACAGCUGAAGGAAUUCAUUGCAAGCACCAUGAAACUCUUUCCUGACAACACCCUGUUCUCUCUCCUGCAGUUCUCCAAUCGCUUUCAGGAGCACUUUGACUUCAGACAUUUUCGUGAAAGUCGGGAUCCCCAACGCUUGCUAAUUCAGGUGAAACAGCUGGGAGGCUCCACACACAUGGCCAGUGGGAUCAGGAAAGCUGUGAGGGAGCUCUUCACGACACAGAAAGGUGCCCGCAACACAGCCAAGAAAUUGCUCAUCAUAGUGACAGCCGGGCAGAAAGCUGGAGACCCCUUGGAGUAUUCAGAGGUUGUCGAAGAGGCUGAAAGAGCCGGAGUCAAACGCUUUGCCAUUGGGGUUGGCACGAGAUUCUUGCUCUCGAGUGCCCAACGUGAGCUCCAUGCCAUCGCCUCCCACCCCGCCACAGAGCACGCCUUACACGCAAGACGUUUCACAAGUCUCCAGGACAUCCAGACCCAGCUAAAGGAGAAGAUUUGUGCCAGCCAUGGCCCAGUUGCUCCGAAGCCCACGAGCACACUGCUGCUGCCUGAGCAUUGCACCUCACGCUUGGAUCCUCAGGUGCUGGAGAAACUGGAGCGUGUGCUGAAUGGGCUCGACCAGAUCAACACUAAGCUGGACAUGCUGACCGCCAGACAAGGGAGAUGAGGGCAGGCAUGAUUUCUGCUGCUUGUCCUGAGCUGGGGGUGGAGAGGGACAUCAGACCCAGGCAUGUGGAGGUCUUCCUGUAUGUUGAUCUGGUUUUGAAGAGCAUGCUGAAGCUCCUUUGUGAUGCCAAUAAAGGCGCCUGUUAACCAA